AUGGAUACGAAAUCAGAUGUGAGCAUACAGUGUGAACUGCUAUAUGAUGAACGAAAGGGCCGUAGCUAUCAAUUCGAUAUAGCUGAUCCAAAACUCAGACGUCACCUGGUGCGACGUGUCUACUUCCUGUUAAUGCUAGAAAUCGCGUGUGGCAUUCCCUGCAUGGAGAUAAUCUUAAUGCUUCCCAUAAGCUGCAAUGAGCUUUAUGCGCGCCUCUCUAGUUUCAUAGUUUCCUUAAUAAUUUAUACCUUGCUCUAUAAAUUUCGGAAUAGGCGUCGAGCUGCUCCAUAUAAAUAUAUCACAUACCUGGUAACAGCUAUAUUAAGCUUUUCAAGCAGAGCUAUUUAUCUGUUGAGUAUUACGAAAACUCGUUGGGUCCAUUUACAUCCUGUAAUCCUUAUGAUCCAGCUCUUGGUACUAGCUUUAUUUACCAAACAGCAAAGAGUUCGCUUCACCCAAGGCAUAGGCGUCAUCAUAAUCCAUCUGAUUUUUGGACUCUGCUUAUUAUUGGCCUACUUUCUAAACUUCUUCUUCGUAUUUGUAAACGCUUACUUUUGCACUUUGGUCGGCUGGUAUAUCAUCUAUGACACGUCUCUGAUGCUCUCUGAACGUCAUGCCUACAACAUGGCGCCGCAGGAAUAUUUCUUUGCUGCUACGAAUUUACGUGCCGAUUUGCCAGUUUUCUUGUGGAUGAUCGUACGACAUUUUGUUCUGGGUCCCUUUAUUUUACUGGCUAAGAUUAUCAGAAAUUGUCGGUUCAAAGAAGUAUGCUAA